CCAACCAUUUCAUUUUCCUUCUUCCCCUGGUUUUCUCUUUCUCCUCAUUUAAUUUACCUUUCUUGUCCUUUCUCUCUUUUUCUUCUAUCUUCUGGCCUUUCUUUCCCUUCCAAAUUCAAUCAUCUAGCUUAUUCCCCUCUUUUAAUAGUUAUGUUACUCUAGACUAUACAAAUAUUAAUACCUUUAUAUUAAAUCAUUAGAUCAUACACAGGGGAGCAAAGUAGCAACCGCCUUCAAUUCUAAUAUAGUUCCAUUACACACAAAAGAAGCAGAGGCUAUGGGAGAUUCAUCGUCUGCUGCUUAUAUCCACCUAGUGCACCGUUUGAUAGAGGAGUGUAUUCUAUUCAACAUGAGCAAAGAAGAGUGCAUGGAAGCUCUCUCUAAACAUGCAAACAUCCAACCGGUUAUUACCUCCACCGUUUGGAAGGAGUUAGAAAAGGAGAACAAGGAGUUUUUCGAGGCAUAUUCAAGGAGCAGGGCAGAGAUCAGAGCAUCAGAGACAGAGACAAGGCAAAGGAUACAAAACAUGAUUUCAGAUAAUUCUUCCAAACAAUGAGUUUAGGUUUCAUACGCAAUUAAAACAAAAGCUAGCUAGCUAGUUGUCAAAUAAUCGAAGGUUGAAAAACCCGGUUGAAGGUCUAUGUAAUAUUAACAUCACAAAUGAAACAACGGUUGCAGCACCAAAUCAUAAUAUUAUUGGAGCAAGGAACAACAUUGAUCGUCGUAUAAUUAAGGGCGGCAUAUAUAUUUGGCUUCAUUUGAUUUGUUUGAGUAUGUAGAAGUUGAAGUCAGCACUCUACAGUGACAGUGAGAGUGUGACAUGGCAUACAUGCAAUUCAUGUGUUCUGUUGAAUAGUUUUUGUAACAUUGUCUGUGAGGCUAGCUCGAUGUGCAUAUAAAUAAAAAGAACUUUAUUGUUAGAUAUUC